GCAUUACAACGCCUGGCAACACCGUGAAGGCUGGCCAGACCAAAUGUACGAGAACUGGGCGUGAAACGUCCAAACUUAGUGAAAAAGUGUGUGUUUUUCCAGAUAUGUAACCCUUGGAUAACUGAGCCAGAAAUACGCAACCAUGUCACUUUCACUGCGAAUUAACAUCGUCGACAGCAACGUCACGAAAACGAUCGUCUUCAGCUCGCCAACGACUGUCCACGACGCCUGCAGGAUCAUCCGGGAGAAAUGCCCGGAGGCGACUGUGCAACAUAAGGACUAUGGCUUAUUCCUGACCGACGAGGACAACACGACGGGAGUAUGGCUGGAACCUGCCCGCAACUUGGAGUACUACAUUCUGAAGAGUGGCGACACCAUCGAGUACCGCAACAAGCUGAGAACGUUGCGCGUGAAGAUGCUGGACGGCUCGCUCAAGACCAUGAUGGUGGACGACUCGCAAAUCGUGGCCAACAUGAUGGUGGUGGUUUGCACAAAACUGGGCAUCACCAACCACGACGAGUACUCGCUGGUGUUGGAGGAGCCGGAGAACCAGGAGAACAUCGACAGCCGGAACUACGGCACUUUGACGUUGAAGCGAAAGAAGGAGGAGCGCGAAAAGAAGAACGACAAAAUGGAGCAACUGAGAAAGAAGCUGCAUACUGACGACGAGGUCAACUGGUUGGACCCGUCAAAGACGCUGCGCGAGCAAGGGAUCGACGAACACGAAACCGUCCUGCUGCGCAGAAAGUUCUUCUUCUCCGACCAGAACAUCGACUCGCGCGACCCCGUGCAGUUGAACCUCUUGUACGUGCAGGCGCGCGACGCCAUCCUUAAUGGCGCCCACCCCAUCACUCAAGACAAGGCUUGCGAGUUUGCGGGCGUCCAAUGCCAGAUCCAGUUCGGCGAUCACAUCGAGAGCAAACACAAGCCCGGCUUUCUGGACUUGAAGGAGUUCCUGCCGCAAUGGUACGCCAAGAUCAAGGGCAUCGAAAAGAAGGUGUUCCAAGAGCACAAAAAGUGCUCAGGGCUCAACGAGCUGGAGGCAAAGGUGAAGUACACGAAAACUGCGCGUUCCCUGCCCACCUACGGCGUCACCUUCUUCUUGGUGAAGGAGAAAAUGAAGGGGAAGAAUAAACUGGUGCCGCGACUACUCGGAGUCACCAAGGACUCGGUCUUGAGGCUUGACGAGAAGACCAAAGAGACCAUACAGACGUGGCCAUUGACCACUGUCAGAAGAUGGGGCGCAUCCCCAAACACAUUCACGCUGGACUUCGGCGAUUAUUCCGAUCAGUACUACUCGGUCCAGACUACGGACGCUGAACAAAUUCAGCAAAUCAUCGCCGGCUACAUCGACAUCAUCCUGAAGAAGAAACAGGCAAAGGACCAUUUUGGAAUCGACGGCGACGAGGGCUCCACUAUGUUCGAAGAGAGUGUGGCGCCACACAAAGCGUCAAUCAUCCAGCACGAGAGCAGCAACAUCGGCAAACUGGACGUGCACUCAUUGGCCAAGCCGGCCAUCCUCAGGACCGGCGACUCGGGUCAAAAGCAAAUUCAUAUGGGCGCCAUGGAGAGUCCCAAGUUAACCACUGUAAGUGGACAGGCCAACUUGGCGCAUACGGCUCCGAUAACGUCUCAUCGGGACACCAAGGUGCAUAUGCUGCUGUCCGAGCCACAGCGCGCCCUCAUCUCCACCAUCGAAGCCACCCACACUAAGAUCAAAGAGUCGGAAAUCGAACUGGAAACCAAGGCGCAAUACCCGGAAAUCGGAAGCGACGCCGCUGCCAAGAAAUGGAAGCAAGUCACCUUGGACACCAGCAAGCAGAACGUGGGAAGCCAGAUAGCUGCCAUGAACGCGGCCACUGCCCAAGUGGUUACUUUAACGCUGGCCCAAGACGAAGUGGACCAUCACGCGGUUGGAGCGGCCAUUACGACCAUCGGCAGCAACCUGCCGGAGAUGACGCGCGAAGUGAAGAAAAUCAUCGCCUUCACCGACGACCAAAACAUGGGCGACAAGUUGCUGGACGCGACGCGGCACCUGUGCAAAGCAUUCAGCGAUCUGCUCAGAGCAGCCGAGCCGGAGUCCAAGGAGCCCAAGCAAAGCCUGCUCAAUGCGGCCUCGAGAGUGGGCGACGCCAGCACCCAAGUGUUGGCCACCAUUGGCGAGGACACCGCGGAAAACAAGGAACUACAAGACUUGCUCAUGUCGCUGGCUAAAGCCGUGGCCAAUACCACGGCCGCUUUGGUGCUGAAGGCCAAGAACAUUGCCUCGACCUGCGAUGACCAACAGACACAGAACCGGGUAAUCGGAGCGGCGACUCAAUGUGCUCUUGCCACGUCCCAACUGGUGGCUUGUGCCAAAGUGGUGGCCCCCACAAUCCAGUCGCCUGCCUGCCAAGAGCAGCUUACAGGGGCGGUGCGUGAGGUGGCCAAAGCCGUCGAGAAUCUGGUGGGAAUCUGCAACGAAGCCACGCCCAACGACGACUUGAACAAGCAACUGAAAGAGGCUGCGGCUGAAGUGUCCCGGUCCCUGACAGACCUGCUGGGCCACAUCAAGUUGGCGUCCCGCGAACGCGCCAAGGCAACCGUCCAAGAACACAGUGUGGAAGAGAUCUACACGGCCACCGACAAGAUAUCGGCUGCAACCGGCGAUGCAAACGAAAUGGUGCGGCAGGCUAGAAGAUUGGGCAACGCAACUGCCCAGCUGAUUCAGAGCAUCAAGGGCGAGGCGGAACGGCUGCCGACCAACACCGACAUUCAACGCCGACUAUUGGCUGCAGCCAAAACUCUGGCCGAUGCCACUGCUCGCAUGGUUGAGGCAGCGAGGCAAUGCACCGAGCACCCGCACGACAUUCGCUGUCAGGACCAACUGAGAAGAACCGCUGAAGAUCUGCGCGAUGUCACAGUGGUGGCAGCCACCACUCCGGCCUUAAGAGCCAAACUGGUCGAUAGAGUCCAGGCGUGUGCGCGCAAGGCCAUUUCGUCCGCCACACAGUGCAUUACAGCCGCGCAAGCCAGUCAUCAGUACAAUCCAAACGGGGCGACCAGAGAGGCCCUGAUUCAAGACACCAAGGAUAUGUCGGAACAGAUUCCUCCGUUGGUCGACUCUAUCAAGGGCAUCGGCAGCAACCCUGACGACACCAAUGCCCAGAGCGAGCUGAUGUAUGUGGCCGAAGUAUUUUUGCACCCUGCAACCCACUUCGUGCAGACUGCGCAGACGGUUUUACCAACGUUGACGGAACAGUCCAUCACUGAGCAGUUGUCGCUCACCAGCCAGCAGCUCAACUCGGACUUGAGCGAGCUGAGGAGCGCUCUAAGUCGAGCUAGGCCGGCCUGCCAAGGCUCCGGGCUUGAUGGCCCCUCCCAGCUGAUCGAGGACCUGCAGGAGGAGCUGCGCGAGUUCGAGCGCGCUGUCGAGGCCCACCGACUGCGCCCAUUGCCGGGCGAUUCUGCGGAAAAGGGCGCCCAACUGCUCAUAGCCAGCACCAAAGUGGUCGGCCAAGGCGUGGCUCAAUUGCUGAGCGCGACCGCCCAAGGCAACGAGAUGUACAACCAACAGGCAGCCAGAGACACUGCGCACAGUUUACGCAACUUCACGGGUGCGGUGCGCUGCAUCGCUGCAACGAGCGAUAAUCCGGAUUUGCAGCGGAAAAUAAUCCACGCCGGUCAAGACGUGCUGGGCAACUCUGCCCGGCUUUUGGACGAAUCUUUGCGCAGUUUGCACGUGGUGGACACGACGCCCACCUUGCACAAAACGGCCAAGAAAGUGAAUGCUGCUUUGCAACGCAGCAUCGGGUGUCUGCCCGGGCAAAAGGAUGUCGACGCCGCCAUCACUAACAUCAUCGAAUGGAGUUCCACUCUGGAAACCGGCCAGUUUCCUCCGACCAACAAGUCUUACAGAGAGUUACAGCAGGAACUCAACACGGCGGCCGCCAAUCUGGACCAGGCCAGCGCCGGCGUUGUGCACUCUGUCCACAACCCGGUUCAACUGGCUUCGUCCUCCAAGGACUUCUCGUCGGCCUUCCAUGACCUCUUGCAGGUCUCCAUGGAGAUGGCGGGAGAGACCAACGAGCCGCAAGUUCGCGGCGAGAUGAUCCAUUCGCUGAAAAGCGUCUCCACCUCAUCCAGCGCCUUGCUGACCACGGCCAAGUCGCUUUCCGCUGACCCUAACUUGCCUAACGGCAAAAAUCAGCUGGCAGCAGCUGCGCGAGCGGUCACCGACAGCAUCAACCACCUGGUGAACGUUUGCACAUCAGCAGCGCCGGGGCAAACGGAGUGCGACAACGCCAUCCGGAAAAUCCAGGCGAUGCGCUACCUUCUGGAAAAGCCCAGCGAGCCGAUCAACGACUGCUCAUACUUCGAGUCGUUGGACUGCGUGAUUGAGAAGAGCAAGGUGCUAGGCGACGCCCUUACCGGCAUGACCAACACCGCCCGGCUGUCUGAGCACGAAAAGUUCGCUGAUCACAUUCGAAGUUUCAGCAGUGCCAUCUGCUCCCUGGUGGAGACGUCGGCGCAGACCGCCUAUUUGGUAGGGGUGUCCGACAGUUCUUCCAUCGCCGGGAGACCCGGCUUAGUGGACCAAGCGCAGUUUGCUAGAGCUUCGCAAGCCAUCCGCAAGGGCUGCGAGGCCCUGACGAGCAGCGCCAGCCCCCAGAAGCAGGUUCUUGAAGCCGCCACUGUUAUUGCCAAGCAUACGAGCGCGCUUUGCAACUCUUGCAGAGGCGCCAGCUUCAAGACGACCAACCCAGUGGCUAAACGGCAAUUCGUGCAGAGCGCCAAAGCGGUGGCCAACUCCACUUCGGCGCUGGUCAAGGAAAUCAAGGCCCUCGACAACGAGUACAGCGAGGAGAACCGACGACGUUGCGCAGAAGCCACUAGGCCUUUAUUAGACGCUGUUGAGGACCUGUGCGUCUACGCCAGCUCGAGCGAGUUUGUAACGAUCCCAGCCAAAAUAUCCCCACAGGCCAGGGAGGCGCAAAAGCCGAUUGUCGGCGCCGGCAACCGCUUGAUCGACAGUUCCUGCUCAGUGAUUUCGGCCGCCAAAAAUCUGAUCGUGAUGCCAAAGGAUCCGUCCACGUGGCAGCAGUUCGCCAAGUGUUCCAGGGAUGUUUCCGACUCCAUGAAGCAGCUGGUCGUGAACAUCAGGACGGAAGCACCCGGGGGGAACGAAUGCGAACAAGCCGCCCUGAUCCUGAGCAAUCACUUGAAAACUCUGGACGCGGCCUACAUGGACGCAGUGUCCCAGUCGUUGCAGCCGCGAAAAACCGCUACUUUGCCCAUAUUCAGCCAACAAGUCGAAAGAUCGGCGGCCGGCCUAACAGACACCAUCGAGCCUUUACGCCACGCCGCCAAGUUUGAAGCGGAAAACAUCGGGCACACCGUCAACCAAAUGAUCCAGUACUUCGAGCCGUUGGUGCAGAGCAGUAUUGGCGCCGCCUCCAACAUGACCAACUCCAAGCAGCAGGAGCAACUGCUCAAUCAGGCCAAGUCAGUGACGGAAAGCGCGCUACAGUUCGUCUACUGCACGAAGGAUUGCGGCGGCAACCCGCAGGCGAAAAACCUGCACCAGGACAUUGACGAGACGGCCGAUCUGACCAGAAUCGCCGUCCAGGAGUUGCUCCAAUCGUUGGAGAUCAUUUCGACCCAAAGCGGCAUUGUGUCCGGAGUAAUGGAGAAUCUGACCAGGGCGAUGACGAGGCUUGCCGAUCAUAGAGCGUCGCUGAUCAUUUCCGACAGCGACAACUACGUGGACUAUCAGACUAGGAUGGUGGAGUGCGCCAAAGACAUCGCUAAGAUAUCAGGGGAAAUGGCCACAAAGGCGGCUACAGACAGUCAACAGCUGGCCACAUUGAGUGCCCAGUUGGCGCACAAGUACACUCAGCUAGCCAAUGAUAGUGUGGGAGCAGCAGCGGCGGCCACCAACGGCGAAGUCGGCAUCAGACUUAAAGAGAUUGUCCAGCAACUGGGGGCGGCUUGUGUGGAUCUUGUCCAAUCCAGUGGCCAGUGCUUGAUCAGCAAGGACGACGUCAGUCUUCGUGAAUUGGGCGAUUGCUCUCGAACUGUCAUUGAAAAGGUUGCUACUGUGCUGGCGACCCUGCAGAGCGGCUCGCGAGGCACGCAGGCCUGCAUCAAUGCCGCGUCGACCGUAUCGGGCAUCAUUGGCGACUUGGAGACCACUAUCAUGUUUGCCACUGCCGGCAACCUAAACCCGGACAACGAGAACGAAUCAUUCGCGGACCAUCGCGAGAAUAUCCUGAAAACUGCCAAGGCUCUGGUGGAGGAUACAAAGACGUUGGUAGCAGGCGCCGCCAGUUCUCAGGAACAACUCGCUGUUGCCGCCCAGAACUCUGUGGCGACAAUCGUUCAACUGGCUGAAGUGGUAAAGUUCGGAGCGGCCAGUCUGGGCUCGGACAAUCCAGACUCGCAGGUGAUGCUGAUCAAUGCGGUGAGGGACGUGGCCAGCGCACUUGGGGACCUGAUUCAUGCCACUAAAGCGGCCAGCGGCAAGCCAAUCAACGACCCCGCCAUGGCUCACUUGAAAGACAGCGCCAAGAUAAUGGUGACCAACGUGACGUCGCUGCUCAAAACAGUGAAGGCGGUUGAAGACGAACACACUCGAGGCACGAGGGCUCUGGAGUCGACCGUGGAAGCCAUCGGCCAGGAAAUGAGGACGCUUUACUCCAGUGAGGGCUGUAAGCCGAACGUCACAGUUGAGGACCUGAUCCGAUGCACGAAAAGUAUCACAAACGCCACUGCCAAGUCCGUGUCGGCAGGCAUCAGCAACAAGCAGGACGAUAUUAUUGCUGCUGCGAACAUGUCCCGGAAAGCCAUCUCCGACAUGUUGAUCACAUGCAAGAGUGCGGCCUAUAACUUGGCCGAAACCAACGAGCUUCGAGAGGACACACUGCGAGCCGGACAUGACUGCGCGAAAGACUUCAGGCAACUUCUCAUAGCGAUCCUCGACGGCAACGGCGCAGCCGACAUGAAGCAGACUUUGCCCAUCAUUUCGCGGAAAAUCGCGCAUUCCGUUACAGAGCUGGUCAACUUGGCCAAACGUCUCAAAGGCUCUGAUUGGGUGGAUCCUAACGAUCCAACAGUGAUAGCGGAAAAAGAGCUGCUCGGCGCUGCCGCCUCUAUAGAUGCAGCCGCUGAAAAGCUGGCCAAUCUUCGCCCCAGGCAGAAUAUUAAGGUCCAAGACCCCAACAUGGAGUUCAUGAACUUCGACGAAAUGAUCCUGGAAGCGGCCAAAUCUAUCACCACCGCAACUUCAGCCCUGAUUAAGGCAGCCAGUGCCGCGCAGCGGGAGCUGAUUGAUAGUGGCAAAAUGACCCGGUACCCUAUUUCUUCGUCCGACGAUGGUCAAUGGUCGGAGGGGCUUAUUUCAGCUGCCAGAAUGGUGGCCGCAGCCACUCACAGUUUGGUAGAGAGCGCCAAUGCUUUAGUCCAAGGUUUGGCUAGCGAAGACAAACUGAUUGCGGCCGCGAAACAAGUGGCAAGUUCCACUGCCCACCUCUUAGUGGCUUGCAAAGUGAAGGCUGAGGGUGACACUGAGGCCACCAGAAGACUACACGCGGCUGGAAAUGCCGUCAUCAAAUCCACUGACAAUCUAGUGACCGCCGCACAACAAGCCAAGCAAGUUGAAGAGGAAAAGUACCUGGUGAUCAGCCGGCGAAUGGUGGGCGGAAUCGCGCAGGAAAUCGACGCACAAACCGAAGUCUGCAGAAAACAGCGGGAGCUAGAAGAGGCGCAAAUCAAGCUAGCGGCCAUCCGCAAGGCGAAAUACAAACUGAAAGGGUACGAAACGUCCGGCGACGAAACCGACGGUUACAUCAGCUCGGCGCCCGAGCAGGAUUCACGAUACAAUACGCACAACUACGACCGCACCCGUUCGCCUUACCAACCAUCCCCCACUAACCAGUACCACCAAGAGGCUUACAACCACUUGGGUAGUUCCGAAAAGAUCAGCUCGUUGGAGCGCCCUCUAAAGCCCAACAAUCUGUUCAGCGCCGUUAACGACUUGAACCAAGCGGUGUACGGAGGCACCAACAAUGGAGCGCACAGCUCCAACUUGUACGGCCCCCCAUCAGCCUCCUACAACGCACCUGCCUAUGACAGUUACAAUCAAUCGAGGACCAGUCCAAAGUCGCCCAUCUAUAAGUCUCCCCAGAGCUUUCAGUCGCCGAAUGUCAGCUCUACCAGUCAUUACGCCUCGCUAAGCGCCCCGAAGAGUUACGGAGCGACUAACACGUCGCCCAAACCGUUCGGGGCGGAGCCGUCAAAGCCGAGUGCCUUCGACAGCAUCGGGGGUUUUAAGCCUCUGAGCUUCGACGCAAAAUCCGGCUCCGAUGGAUACACCAGUUCAGAGUACGCCACAAACACUUACAAGACCCCCGAUGGAUACCACACGGAUACUUACAAGUACGAGUACUACAAGUCAGAGCCGAAGACAACGUACGCAUCCAACACCGAAAAGUACUACACAAACACGGGAAAAGACGGCAAAGGUUUUACGCCGUUGAGCCCGAAAAGUGCCUUUGAAACGUUCAAAAACGGCGAUGAUCAGUACCAGAGCUCUUACUCGUCCAAUGUGGAGUAUAUCAAUGAGCCGCCCGUGCUGAAGGACGACACCUUGGAGCAAAAAACGAUCAAGAAGUCGAUCAACGAGCAAAUUUUCGAGAAAAAAACCACGACGACGAGCAGAACCACUAAGCAGGAAUCACAAAUGAAAACGUUCAAGUUUCAGUAGAAGAUAGUUUUGUGUGUAUAACCGUAAAAUUAGGGUUUUAAAGUGGCCUUUGCAGUGGUGCUAAUUAUUCAUUAAAAAGCGAACGUUAUCUAUUGGUAAAGUUCUGACCCCGUAACAUUUAUCCAAUUUUUAUUAACCAAAAAUGUAUAUUUUAAUUGUAGAAAUUUUAUUAUGUGCCAAUAACAAUGUCGCGUUGUUUUAUUAAGCAUCUACUUUAAUUUAGGAUUCCCCGAAUUGUAUCAAACAAUCUACUUAUCUAUUAGUUGAAACGAAAAGUGCCUAAUCGAGCUUGUUCUGUGGUAACAAAAAAACCUCUUCUGGUGCCUAAAUCUCAUUUACACUUUGAACGUUCUACUUUUUAAUCUUUAUACGAGGAAUGUUCUUCCAUGACCUAGAAUCGAUGCUAUAUUGUGUUACAUUAAAUAAUAUAAAUUUUUAACACAAAAA